AAGUCAGUACCUCACGUUCGCCGUCCGCCUGAGAGUGCAGCGUAGUUGUGACUAUUUAGUCUAGUUAUUUAUGUCAUAUAAUAUAUAUAUUUAUAUAUAAUUUUAUAUUUUGUAGGACUCCUUACGAACUAUACCUUGACGAUGACUGGCUCAAACCAUGAAAACUGUGAGAGCAAAAGCACAGUUGCUCGCCGGCGAUGGAAAAUAUUAGCCGAGGCUCUGCAGAGAUCCAGCUGUAGAGAUGCUUCACCAGAUAGUGCCUCAACUCGAAAGUUCCAGUCUUUUGGGCUUUUAUCAUACGAUCCAUUGGGCCAUGACUUUUACUCUAUCAGUUGUAUCAACUCAGAUUUAGCAGUAAUUGUGAGGCUAUUGCGUCGAGACUUCAGCCCCAGUGAGCUUACCGGUUUCAACAAUACUGGCAACGUUUGUAUCUGGCCCUCUGAAGAAAUACUCACAUAUUACUGCCUCAGCAACCUCAAAAUAUUCUCUGGAAAGUCUGUGUUAGAACUGGGAGGGGGAAUGACCUGUUUGGCAGGCAUGUUGGUUUCUGCUAGUGGAGGGCCAUCUAAUAUGGUGCUAACAGAUGGCAAUGCCCUGUCUGUCAACAAUGUUAAAGUGUCCUUACAACGGAACGAUUUACCUUCUAAAACGUGCUCUAGAGUUCUACGCUGGGGGGUCCAGGAAGAAGUUUUGCCACAUCAAGGAAAAUUCGAUGUUGCCAUGUGUGCUGAUUGCUUAUUUUUUGAUGAUGGGAGAGAGAGUUUGCUGUCAACCCUUCUGUGUGUGUUGCGUCCUGGAGGAACAGCCCUCGUCGUUGCUCCCUCUAGAAGUGGCACGUUCCAGAGGUUUGCCAGCAUGUGUCGCCCACAUUUUAUGGUGGCUCUUGUUGAUAAAUAUGAUCACUUAGUUGACCAAUACGUCCAGAAGAGUGCAAUGGAUCCAUACUACAAUGAGAAUCUUCACUUUCCUCUUUUGAUGAUUCUCAAAAAGCUUGGGACCAACUAACUUCUGAUUAAGAAUUUCCAAGAAAGAGAGGUACAAGUACAGGUAUUUGGAAUAUACAGUAAUUUAUUUCUUAUUUCAAGUUAAACAUGUUAAAACAAUUCAGCUCUUGCUUGUAUUUAGAAUAUUUUUGGUACCGACACAAAAUUUUGAGGAACGUUGUUUAAUCAUAUACAAUACUGUGCUUCGUCUUUAUAUUACUGGAGAACACGAGUACGUUCCUAUGUUUAGUAACAUAAUAAUAAUGUUAUUAUGUUUAGUAACACAACUUUUUCAGUUUCACUUUAACUCAGGUUCCUGUCUUUAUUAUAUCAGUUAAACUGUUUCAAGAACAGAAAGAAAAGAACUGUUUUAAAAAAAAGAAAUUAAUUUUUAUGAUUUAUUGACUCGUUUAUAAAAAGGAUAAGUUUUAAGUCUGCCAUUUUCAUCAUCAUCCCUUAUAUCGCCUUCCUCCUGCAUCAACAAUGUUUGUAUUCCUGUAUUCAGCAGUGAACCAAUUAUAGUGAUGUAUUUAUCUUUAUCAGAGAGUGAUAAACUAAUGCAUCAAUUUCACUGAAUUCAGUCUGUUAUAGUAAUUUUGUGGUCAGGUUCUUCAUUUAUUUUCUCUGCACAUUUCAUCAUUUGCUUCUGUUCAGGUUUGUUGCUUGUCUUUAAAGCUUUUAAGAAUUGGCAUUAUUUUAAUCAUUGUUAUCAAUUGUCGUCAGGGGGCCAGAGUUCCCUCCAACAUUUCUAUAGCAUAGUAGAUAACAUGCUAUCCCCGCAUGAGACAGCGCAUGGUCAGUUGCAACUUGAUUAGGGUCCAGGAUGGGCUGAAAUGUCAUCACAUUCCUUUCUUUUCAUAUGUGUGAGUUGGGUUAAUUAUUUUGAGCCAUAUUAUAAUGAUUUAUUCCUUACAUGGAUGUAUUGCUAUACUUCCUCUAAGGGUACAUCAGCAAAGUACAGUUUGGUGGCCAAAAAUACAGAAAAAUCAUGCUUAUUAUAGACAAAUUUCCUGUGUAUUCAGCACAGAUAAAUUCACAAAAUGUUUUCUACUUUCCUCUGCAACAAGCAGCUCAUACCUUGCACUCUUUCAUUUGACUAAGCCUGAUCUUGCCACAAGUUACCAGAGUAAUAUGUGGUGGGUUUUCUCAAAAGAUUUCUGUCUCAUAGGCAUUAUAAAUUUGCUCCAUAGUGAAGCUUAGAUACUUUCAUUAACAUUAACUAUACCUCAUCUUCUUCAUAAUUUCCUCACAAUAUAGUUCUGUAUUCAGCUGCCUCCUUCAUGUCAGCAUGCAACUGUUCACCAAAAACCUAAAAUUCUUGAACCUUAGCAGCCAUUCAUUUGAACAAUCAGUUUUCCAUAUUUCAAUUUCUAUAUGGAAUUCCUUAUCUUUGCCAUUAUCACGGAGCUGAAACACCUUCACUUUAUUUCUGCAAGUAAUUAUCAAAUGAAGGCACCAAGUCGAGACUUAAUUUCUGUAGGAAUCACUCGGGUCCACAAAAUAUUUUUUGUAUUUCAAGAACCUUAGUGGAUUGAGAGGUAGCAGAAAAAUAUUUAAUUGCUAGGUUAAUAUUCUAGCAUUUAAUAUCUCAUUUUAAUUUCUUCACUAACUUGACUUUCAAAACUAAUGUUAAUGAAACAUAUUUCCAAUAACACCACUAAUUCCAAUUGGUUUUGAUCCUAAACCAGACAGUGCAGUUGAAAUAAACAUAACCCUCUUCGUUGUUUUAUGACACUCUCGCAAGCACACGCUCAAAUCCACAAGACUGUAGAGUUAGGUUUGUGUCUGAUACAUUGGGGUGUAUUCCGGGGAGCUUUCUUAUUAGAAAAGUCAGAAUGGCAAAAUUUUGGAGGAGACUGGAGACCAAGGGUUAGGGGGUGUGUUGCAGAAACAUGUGGAGGAAGGAAAUAGUUAUCCAAAGACGGCACCAAGCCAACUACACCGAACAAAAACAGUGAAGGAGGCCUGACUUGAGCUGCAGAGUCUAUAGACUGCAGCUCUUAAUACAGACUUGUGACAGCUUGGGGAACAAUUUAUUAGACAAAGUUGCUUGUGAGUGUUGGUGGUCACCACCCACAAAUGACAUCUGUUUCAUCUUACAUUAAUUUCAUUGCAGUAUCUGAUAAUGCUGAUAAUGUUUCUCACAAUUUUGUACUGUAUAGUGUUAGGUGAAAAACUCUGCAUUAUUUUGUUUAUUUAAAUUGUUUGACAAGAUAACUUAUCUGUUAAAUUUGUUAUGUUAUUUUGAUAGUCACAAUGUUUCAGAUAGUGGAUAAUGGAUGUGGAACUGUAUACUGUAUGUGGGUUAACAAGCACCAGUACAUUAGUAUAUUUUAAUACAUAUACUGUAUGUAGUUGUAGCACUUGUAGCUCAACAUCCUCAGGUACCCAUUUAUAUUACGGGCACAGUAUUCUCUAUGCUGUUGUGGUACUGGUACUUGUGACUUAACAUCCUCCGGUACCCGAGUAUAUUGUGGUGCUUCUGUGCUAUUGUGGUACAGUACUAAUAGCUUACCACAACACCCUCAUGUCUUAUUAAUUAUUCUACUCAAGUUAAGUACUGUGUAUAACAGUAGUGAACAGCCUAUCAAGUACAUUUAUUGAGACAAGAAAAUACAUCUCAAAGGGAUAAAGUAGCUUAGGCUAUUUCUACCCCCUGAACAGCCUAUCACUGACAAAAAUCUAUCUAUAAUUGUUCUAUUAAAAUAUAUUUUGGCCUAGCUGCUGCCAGCUAACUGAAAUAAAAUGUGAUUGUUGAUGUCAAAAUCUAUGAUUAGUAUUUGGCUUUUUGCAAUGUUUCAAUAUGAUGCAAGUUUCAAUUUUCUUUUCAAAUAUCUGGGUGCCUAUUUAUCUACAAUUCACAAUUAUACUUUCGUGUAAAAGGUAAAACUUAUUUGUUGCCAUUAGUGAUUUGCGUUUGAGCUCACUUUUAAAUUAAUGAUGCAUAUCAAAGUCCAAACUUUAUCUUGAAUUUCAGUAAUGCUUGAAAGGCCUCAUAAGAAAUUUGUAGGGUAUAUUAAAAACUUUACAUUUUCAAUUAAAUUAUUCCAUUAAACUUGAAACUGGACAGAUAAAAUUGGUGCUAAGAUACAGAGUUAUUGCACUUAAUUUUUAAUAUAUUAGGUGCUUGCUUGAUUCUAAGAAUUGGGUGGGCUAGUAUGGCACCAUUCUCUCAAGUGUAUCUGCAUCUGAAGUUUGUCAUCUUUAUAAUGUUGUUUUCUUGCAAUGUAAGCCUGUUAUAGUGUAAGGAGUUACCAAUGUGUUGUGAAGAAGCAAACCUAAAUGCUUAUUUGGGGUUUAUAUUGUGUGUUUGCAAUGUUGACUGUUUGAUCAAGAAUAAUAUACUAUACUUUCUAAAACUGUUCCAUAUAUUUGGUACAAAUUUUGGCUAUUUUCAAAGUUAUGAAUCCUUAUUGAGGUAAUCCUCAUUCUUGUCACACAUUUUUGUUUUUAUUGUAAUCAAAUUUAAAUUCCCUCAUUCUCUGUAUACAUUCUUGAUUUUCAAUGGAAGCAAGUAUCAACUGCAUCUUCUAUGUGAUAGCCAAACAAGCAUGUUAAAUUCUUUGUCAAAUAUUUGAGGCCAAAGAAGCAUGUGAUAUUCUUUAGCAAAUAUUUGAGGUGCUCCAGCAUGAGUCUUCAACAAUGGAAAGUAUCACAGAUAUUUUGAGGAGGAGGAGACAACCGCACAUCAGAAAAUGAAGCAACGAUAAUAAUUCAGUCCAUUCUGGACUGAAACGACUUGAUAAUGGUCCAGGACGGACUGAAACGUGUUACUUUUUCGUGUUCUGAUAUGUGAUUUGGUCAUCAUAUCUUCAGCCACAUUAUUGUGACUCAUCAUCUGCAUCUUGAGAAGAUUGUACUUAUGGUUGCUACUUAAGAAAGGGAAGCUGUCAAAUAGAACUGAGCAUCAGACACAAAAUAGAUAUAGAUUUUUAUAGGUUUAACCCUUAAACAGCAGUUAUGGAGAAAUGAUUAUACCAGCCUAUGCACAAAAAAUAAAACAAUUAAAAAAAGACUAUUUUUCAUGAUAGAAUUAUUAAUUUGUAUGCAAAAUAUAAGAAAAAUAAGAAAAUAAGUGAAUAUUUAUUGUUUCACUGGGUGGAGGUACGCUCUGCCACUUGUCAACGCCCGGUGCUCAACUUUGCUGACACUUCCUGAUUUAUUCUCUGAUGUUUCACUGAUUGUUUUAUCACUAGCUUUUCUUUAUUUACAUCCACAGAGAGCUUUUAUAUCCAUAUUUGCAUCAUACAUGUAAAACAAAGACAAUAAUUGUUUAGAUCAUCAUAUGAUGAUGACUGCAUUCCUUUAGUAACAUUCAUGACAAUAACUGUAUUUGUACCUUGAAAUGGUAGCAGGAUUUUUUCAUGAGUCAAGGUAAACUCCAUUACAUCCACAUAGACCUAUUAUAUCCAUAUUUGCAUCAUACAUGUAAAACCCAGACAAUAAUUGUCCGAUAUUUAUGAUUUUUUUUGCAGAGAUAUUCCUGCACGGGCCUAAGCCUCUAGCUGGCCCACUUUAUAUGAUGAUAACCACAUUACCCUGUGAAUCAACAGUUGAUAAAUGCUGCCUAAGGGUUAAACAAAUUUAUUUGCAUUCCUGAGAGUUGCUUUCCUGACCUGUGACAAUAAGGGUUUGGCUAAGCACCAUAAGUAUUAUAAAAGUAAUUUUUGUUCCAUUGUAAAUUACUAAACUUUGUUCAUUUGUUUAGCUUAUACAAAUGGGAAAAUUAAAAGUGUAGAUAUUUAUUGUUUUGCACAGAACAGAGCAUAUUCACUUGUUUGGGGCUUUUGGAUGUUUGAUGUGAAAGGUGAAUGACUCGAGACGGCUGUUUAUAUAUACUCAUGGUAAUUUGGUAAUUAUGUUCAGCAUUAAUUGUUGUGUGUAAGUUACACACACUUUUGUGAAUUCUGUACAAAUAUGUGUAAAUGUUUCAAACAUAGCAUAAUAAUAAUAAUGUCAAAGUGCAUCUUAUUUUGUGGCCUGUUGUAAUGAAACUAUGUGCUUUAUACAUUGUUAAAAAACUUAAAAGGAAUUUGAUUAUUGUAAUCAAAGGAUUUAAAUGUUGUUAUAAUCCUGAAAUGCAUUUUGAGUCUGCAUUAUUCCUGCAUAUUAAAAGACAUAAACUUAGGCUGUGACAAUCAAUAAGAAUGUAGAACUAGUCAAGUCAGGCAGGACUCAACAUGCACUGGAGAAUUGUUUCAAUUGUUUUGUAAAUAAAGUAUGUGAAAUAAGGUGGCAUAUUAUUUGUUAAUAGUUGUUAACUGUUAUAAAAGUAGCUUUAAUUUUUGUCACAUUUUGUCUGUUAAUAUAACGAUGAUUGUUUAAGUGUAUUAACAGUCAAAUCUGACCAGACAAUGUGUGCAUUCCUGUUCCACAUCACAAAUGUUAAUGGUGCUGCAAAUAACAUUAUGAAGUCAAAUGUAUAUGUAACUAUCAUUGAAGCCUUGUAUGUAUGUAUUUAUCAGAGCACUAGGCAGGGUUCGACCACUCGCAUGCAGGGUCACUGCGCACACCACUCUAGCCACUAUACAAUAAGUUCCUAGGCAAGGGAGCCUAGAAGCUGCAUCAUGCAGCCUAACCUAACCUACACCUAGCUGGAAAAUCACUAUAGUAACCAGAUGCUAAAAACAUUUCCAUUCUCUUAUCUUAGAAAAUGAAGUAAACAAGAAUAUGAAAUUGACAUUCAUACAUCAUAACUGAUAAAUGCAAAUUUUACUUAAUUAAAACAAACACACACACACACAAAGAACAUUGUGCAAGGAGCCUAUGCUAUGCUUUCUAACUUCAGAAUUGCUUUUAAAUACAUGGAUGGCGAUAUACUAAAGAAAUUGUUCAUGACUUUUGUU